GCAGUCUGUGACCCUGUCCGACACAAAUGACGCAAACUGUUGCUCGUCGAAUGACAGGCUCCAUGCUCGGUAAAGUCGGCAACAAGGCACCCUUCCGCUCAUUGCCCGGAUAAUAGGUGAGCAGGCUGGGGAGUUGAUGGCACUGCCUCUGUAUGCAAGUCAAGGAGGUGGCGGCCGGAAGCAGGCUGUGCUUGCUUGAUUGGUAACCCGGAUGCCGUUGGUUCAGCAAACAUUGCUUUUUCCACACUAGUAGACACACUAGUAUUCCGUAGAGCAAGUCAACCUUCUCGACAGCACCGAAACAGAGACAUGCGGCUCUUCCAGGCCUUGUCAAGAGAGCCCCUGUCUUGGGCUCUUAAGACUGAGUCCACUAUUCCAGUGUACAUGCUUGUUCCCCACUUCCAACAGCCCCCCUCUCUGGCCAGCAGGUACUCCUCCGUCCCAAAGUACCCAUGGAAUCGAUGGAAAAUCGUCAGCACCGAGACCCGGCGAGUGCGACGGAUGCCAUGGUAAAUGGCGUGCCUGAAUUCCUCGAUGGACAUCUACAGGGACGCACCAGGCAGUUCCCCGAAAUCUACCCCGGCAAUAUUCAACCACUCCGAGCAACCAAUAGGCCGACCGGUAGAGGAGGAUCCGAUGUUUCGAGCCGCGUGUAUGACCACGGCGCAAUGUCCAGGUCGAGGUUCAAGAGGGGCCGUGAAUCAACUCUAACCAUGAAUCAGAAAGAUGCCCUGCGCGGGCUGGAGUCCCCGGAGCAGACAUCACCUCGGCCGUAUGCCGAGGACUUGAACCAGGAAGAUUUGGAAGACGAGCGUCGCAUGAAGGACAUCUUGGAAGAUGGCAAGGACCGUCAUGUGUGUGACAGGACGAAAUACUUCCUUCCUCUUGGGAAGCUCGACUCGAUCUGCCAGACCGCCAAGGUAGAGAAAGAACUCAUACGGGAGGGAUUUUCCCAGCACGACGCAGAAAAAUAUGCCCAAGAGGUCUGCGGUAACCCUGAACAUGAAAGGAACGAGGUCGACUCCAGGCGGAAGAUAUUUGCCAUUCUGGCCUUGAUAGACAAGGUGAAGUCGAUCAAGUGUUUCAUAAAAGAGGGCAUUCGCGAUCGGGAUCUGCCCUUUAUCGAUACAGAGGACCAGAGCAAUACGCCCAAGCUCGAACGCCGAGACCCGGACAACAGGGAGCGGACGGUGGAAGUGUCGUGUUUUAAGGAGUGGAGGGUUGGCUCCAUCCGCGCAUUCUACGCCACGCAGUGGGAGAUUCUCGGGCCGUUUAUCGGCAAGGACGAAAAUGACACGGUUGUCCUUUACGAGCUCAGAAACGAGGCCAUAAUGCCGUGGACCGAGUACGAACCGAUGCACCAGGACAGCGGCUAUUCCCACGUCAGUCGGGUGAAAAUCCAUGCAGACCAUCACGGUUUUCAAUGCGACUCGUUCGCGCUCAAGACAUUGCAUUCCGCAGAUUGGGACGACUUCAGUCGGGAGUUCUACGCCUUCAGGAAGGUGAGGCCCGAGGAAAACCUUCUGGAGCUAUUCGCCGCCUUCCGGCGAGGGAGCGAGUUCUCCUUUCUCUUCCCUUAUGCGAAGGGCGGGAAUCUCAAGCAACUAUGGGCAGCGGAGCCGGUGGCACAGAGUCCGCCCGAGAGCCCAGGGACGCGGAGCCUGGUGCUGUGGAUCGCGCAGCAGUGCCUAGGCCUCGCGGCAGGUCUCAGCAGCAUCCACGAUGCUCGAAGAAUGGCCCUGACCGAGCGGCAGCAGAGGACCAACACGCAGUCGUCAUUGUCGGCCGAGGAGCUGGACGACUUCGGAAUCCACGGCGACAUCAAGCCCGAGAAUAUCCUGCACUUCACAAAGUCGGAGGACGGCCGCCAGCGCGGGAUUCUCAAGAUAUCCGACUUUGGCCUGACCAACUUCCACACGCGCGGCUCCAGAUCGGGAGAGGGACAGGCGGGCCCGCUGUCUCCAACAUACAAGGCUCCCGAGCACGACACAACCGUCUGGUUCAAGUCUAGGAAGAUCGACAUAUGGGCGCUUGGCUGCGUCUUUUCCGAGUUUCUCACGUGGGCCAUCUGGGGUCCUGCUGCCCUCGUCGAGUACCAAAGCAACCGGCUCGAGGAGUGCGAUGAGGGUCGAUCCACAGCCAAAGGAAGCUGGAAGGAGGACAGGUUCUUCAAGAAGAUCUACAGUGAAGACGGCAAAACAGACGUGGAGCUGAAGGCUUCGGUGGUCGAGUGGAUUGACAGGCUGAUUCACGAUUCCCGCUCCAAACCACACGAGCAGAACUUCCUGACUGGCUUCCUGACAUUCAUCAAGGAUAAAAUGUUGCAUGUCGAACGGGAGGAGCGCGCUAGCGUUGGUGACUUGCACCGUUUUCUGUUUGAAGAAUACCAAAAGUGCCAGGACGACGAAUCCUACUCCUCUUGCCCUUCUCUGCCUACCUUCGCCCCACGACAAGAGAUGGAGGUUGACCAGCCUCAGAUACAGAUCACCGACGAAUUUGGGAAUACAGAACUUUCUGAAAUCGCUGCAAGUCCCGCAGGAUUGACUCGGAGCUUUGGAGGGUUGAAACGGAAACGAUAAUCAUUAAUCAUUGUGCAAUUCAGGGCGGGAUACUUUACUGUCUGUAAAUGGUGAUAGCUAUGGUAAACAUUUACCAGUAAUAAAUAACCGUUCCAAGUG